AUGGAAAAUGUUGAAGCUUCUGAAACCAACAAUAAACCUAGAUCUGUUACUACCUUGAGUAAAUCUAGCAUGAUCAUUGCUGACAGAGACAAUGUUUAUAAGAACAUUCGUGUGUUGAUCUCUCAACUUUUGGGAAUUGACCCCAAGAUAAAUGUCGUGCCAGAUGUCUCCUCCUUGGCCCAUCCUGAUAAUAAUACUAAGAGCCCCAGAGAUAACCCUGAUGAGCAUGCACCUACUUUGUCUCCUGAGAAAUCACAAGACAAAGAAAGGCCGGAAGAUAUAACUAAUGAGCUAGUUAACAACGAUAAAAACCAUGUUGAUCAACCCAUUGACAUUGUUAAUAUUGAGGAACUGAACUUUGAUGAUAUUCCUAUUGGACAAAGACUAACUCCUGACAUUGCUAAAAGAUUGAAGAAUAGAAAAGGACAAGAUGUUGGAUCCUCCAACACUUCCUCCAAAUCUGUCAGGAAAAAAGCUAGUGUUGGUCCCACUAAAAGAUGGAGCAAGGUGGUGACUCCUAUAUCUAAGAAGAAGUCCCUGAAAAGGAAGGAAGUUCCCUUUGAAUCAAGUGAAUCUGAUCAUAAUGUCGAACACAUUGUUCAGGACAUCAUCUCUACUUCCAGAAAGCAAGCCUCUGGGAAGAAGAUACCAGCUAAUAUUCCUGGAGUUCCACUUGACAAUGUUUUUUUCACUCUGUUGAAAAUGUUUAAAAAUGGAAAUAUGUUUAUCAAAGAAGGCUUUGGAAAGUACUAUGAAAUACUUGUCAAAGAGUUUAUUGUGAACAUCUCCAGGGAGUGUGACAACAAAAGGAGCAAGGAAUUCAGGAAAGUAGAGAUCACUGCUAAUCCAGUGAAGGAAUGGACAAGGAAAGGGAAAUUAUCUGCUAGUGCCUUGAGUGUCAAGUAUGUUGUUCUCCACGAAAUUGGAGCUCCAAAUUGGGUGCCAACCAAUCACACCUCCAAUAUAGCUAUUGCGCUAGAUUUUGCCUCUUUCAUAGGUGGAGUUAUCUUGAGUCAACACCCCAGUAUAUUAAUCAAUUCUAAUAGUACAUGUAAUAUGGACCCUCCUCUCUCAUUGCAUUAUAGGUUGUUCACUAGGAAACAUGUCCCAGACAUUGUCAUGACGUCUGGAAAGGCUCCUUCAAGGUCCACUGACAAAACAGGCAUCCUAGCUGAGCCGAAAGACAACUGCAAGACUUUGGAUGAAACUAUAAAAAGUUGUACUGAAAGGAAGAGCAAAAUUGAAAUGUUUAUUAAGGCUCUGUCUGAAGAAAAAGGUGGUGUGAAAGACGAUGGAACAGAUGAGGAAGAAGAAAAUGAAGACAUGACUGGUGCAAGUGAUGAGGAAGAUACCAACAAUGAUAAAGAUUAA